AUGACCCGCCGUUGCCCAUGGAAGAAGCGGUCUACCCCGCCGGCCGCCGUUCCGGCGUCACGCAGGCCGGCCUCGUUUGUCCGAGGCGAGCAUGAGUUCCGCAUCGUCGGCUACAACGCACGCGCGGCGCUGGCCAACAAUGCCCACUACUCCAUCCUCUCCGGCGCCUUCGAGGUCGGCAGCCACAACUGGGCUCUAGACUGCAGCUUCGAUGACGACGGGCACCUCGCCUCUAUCGCCCUCCUGCUGCUCACCGCCUACAUCACCGACGACGCCGUCGUCGCCAAGGCCAGCCUGAAGAUCGAGGACCCGCUUGGCCGGUGGCCCGCCGCCGUGUGGGAGAGCGACGAAGCCUACACCUUCCACGUCUGGUCCGGCAACAGCUGGCAGCUGUCUCAGGCCGGCAGGAGCUGGACGUUGCCGGUGCCAGAGGCAUUCCGUGGCCAUGAGAGCCGCUACGUGCAAGACGACCACCUCACCAUCCUCUGCACUGUCGAGGUCCUCCGGGCGGAGGAGGAGGAGUCUGCUAUCGCCGAGGAUAUGCAAAAGCUUCUUUUCCUCUUGUCAGAGCCAAAGAGUACAACACCUACAUGCAUGCUGCCGGACGUGACGUUCGUCGUGGAGCAGGCCGAGAUCCAGGCGCACAGGCUCGUCCUAGCCAUGCGGUCACCCGUGUUCGCAGCCGAGCUCCUUGGUGACAUGAGAGAGGGUACCACCCGUCACGUCAUGGUCGAGGACAUGAGCGCCUCAACUUUCAGGGCCAUGCUCCGCUUCAUCUACACCGACGAGCUGCCCAUUAAAGGAAAGACAACUAACGAACGUGGUUGCAAACAAAAAUGUGCCGCAAGGCGUCGUGUGGACAAGGCGCUUGAUCUGCUCGUUGCGGCGGAUCGCUAUGACCUAGAGAAGCUGAGGCUCAUGUGCGAGAAGAUAUUGUCCGAAAGCAUAGACACCGCGUCUGUCAUCCCAACGUUGAUGGCAGUGCACGGCCGACAUAGUUGCCGUCAGUUGGAGGCCUCUUGCAUUGAGUACUUGGCGUCUGAUGCCAACGUGUAUGCCAAUGUCAAGGCGACAGAGGAGUACAAGGAGCUAGAGGACAGCUGUUGUUCGUUCCUAGCCAAUGUCAUGGACGAAGUAGCCACAUGUAAAUUAGCGGACAACCACGCCGGCACCAGCCUCUGCCGGCCGGAGCAACGGACUGUGUCGAUGUAUAACACGUCGGAGGUGGCUCACAGUAUACACGAGUUGAGGAUCCCAAACUUUAAGAGUCUGCAUACGAGCCAUGGUGUUAAACAAAGAUUCAGUUCCGACACUUUCCAGACAGGAGGCCAUGACUGGAAGUUGGAGGCAUCAGUGAAGGAAGGGAGAAUUUCCGUGUUCACCGAAUUGUUGACCGAUCCAGGAACGGCUAGUGUUAGGGUGUCCUUAUGUUUCAUGAUGGAUGACCCUGGUGGCAACUCGCCCCUCAUCAUGUGGCAAGCUGAAGAAAACUUCAACUCAGAAGGUGAUUCUUGUGGGUUUUCGUGUUUGAUCAGCCAGGAAGAUGAUGUGUCAGUAUACGCUGAUGAUGGCUCUCUAACCAUUCGCUGCGACUUUGUAUUGACCAACAAGUUGUGCACUGUUACGAGUGCCACUUCAGCCGGUGUCGAAGACAUGACUCUUGCGCCACCACCCAACAUUGUGUCUCAUCUUGAGCAGCUCCUGGUGAGCGAGAAGGGUGCAGAUGUGAUGUUUCUAGUUGAAAACAGAGAGAUUCACGCACACAGCCUCAUCAUCGCCACACGGUCCCCGGCCCUAUACACGAUGAUUGUGGCCAUGAACCAGAAGGAGGAGUACAUCAUACCGGUCUGGGGUAUGAGGGUUGAAGUCUUCAAGGCGGUGCUUCGCUUCAUCUACACCGACGAGCUGCCUCCCUUUGAAGAAAUAGCCCUUGCUGCGGGGCAUGGUGUGACGACUAUUGCCCAAGACAUGCUGGUUGCCGCGUCUCGCUUCCAUCUGGACAGGAUGAAGGACAAGUGUGAGACCAUGGUUGGUGAGUGCGUCUCAGAACGGAACGUGGUGAUCAUGCUCAGACUAGCGUGCCGUCACAACUGCAAGAAGCUCGAGGGUUACUGCAUGAAGUUCAACUGA